AAUCAGAAUUCUACAGAAUUGAACUUAAAGGAGUUGAUUUACAAUUCAAUUCCAAAUCAUAGAAAUAAAGGCCUAAUUAAUUUAGUUGUUUGUUUCGUGAUGUUGGUGCAGGACUGGAAGACGGAGAGGUACAAAGAAAUAAUUAGAUCCGGAACUGUUGAGCCCAGACCAGGAGUUUUGAGAUUGAUGGACGAGGCAAAAGCUUCUGGAAGAAAGCUAGCCGUCUGCUCUGCUGCAACUAAGAGUUCAGUAGUUUUGUGUUUAGAAAAUCUAAUUGGAUUGGAGCGCUUCCAAGGCCUCGAUUGCUUCCUAGCAGGGGAUGAUGUGAAGGAAAAGAAGCCCGAUCCGAUGAUCUAUGUCACAGCCGCCAAGAAACUAGGCGUGUCGGAGAAGGAUUGCUUGGUGGUAGAAGACAGUGUUAUGGAUUGCAGGCUGCAACGGGAGCAGGAAUGUCGUGUGUGAUCUCAUACACGUCGUCUACUGCUAACCAGGAUUUCACAGCAGCAGCAGCAAUCUACCCUGACUUGAGCAAUGUCCGAUUGGCGGACUUGGAGGCGUUGCUUGGAGACGUCGUGGCUGCAAAGUAAAUCUCGAAGGUUUACGAUUUCCGGACCAAAUCUUGCCUCAUGGUAACAUUUAUACAUCAAUGAGAAAAUAGUUGGUUUAAGUGAGUUGAUAAGAAGGUAUUGACAACUUCAGCUUUGCAUUCUUGCUAUAAUUCAAUCUUUGGCUGCAAAUGGCUAUAUAGUUAGUUAAGAACCUUGGUUGUGUAUUGAAUGUAUUAAGACCUUGCUCAAGUGUCUUGAUAAGUUCUAAAACAACUCAUCAAGCAAUACUUAUUUUCAUUUUUUGUUCAAA